UCGCCUCCUCGCGGCGCUCGGCCGGGCUGCGUGCGCGUGCGGGGGCUCGGAGAGGACGCGCCAUGGUCUUCCUCACGGGGCAGCUGUGGCUGCGGAACCGCGUCACCGACCGCUACUGGCGCAUCCAGGAGGUGCUGCGGCACGCGCGGCACUUCCGGGGCCGCAAGAACCGCUGCUACCGCCUGGCCGUGCGCGCCGUCACCCGCGCCUUCGUCAAGUGCACCAAGGCCCGCGCGCGCAGGAAGGCGCACAUGCGCACGCUCUGGAUCAAUCGAAUCACCGCUGCUUCCCAGGAGCAUGGCCUAAAGUACCCAGCCUUCAUUAUCAAUUUAAUUAAGUGCCAGGUGGAGCUCAACAGGAAAGUCCUUGCUGAUCUUGCCAUUUAUGAACCAAAGACUUUUAAAUCUCUGGCUGCUUUGGCCAAAAGGCGGCGAGAGGAAGGUUUUGCUGCUGCCCUUGGGGAUGGGAAGGAACCGGAAGGCGUGUUCUCCAGAGUGGUACAGUACCGCUGAACAGAGAUACUUCCUGCUGCCUGCCCUCCUCUAUGUGGCACAGAGGAGGUUGCCCACAAACCCCACACUGGACCCAGGGACAGGAAAACAGAUGCCGGUUGCCCUAUGUCGUGUAAGUGGGAUUCCAUCUCUGCGCACUUCAUAUUAGCAGGUGGAAGGCCCAGUCUCCUGUCUGCUGAGUCCCGGAUCCAGAUACAGCGCGGACUGCAAAUAAAGCGAGUAUGGUACCGGGGA